UUCGCGAGAAAAUCAGUGCCUAACAAACACGGCACGGCGAGGGAAGAAGAGACCAAAAUAGGCCCUGCCAAUUUAGUGUCUCCAAUUGAAAUUUGCGCCCGAAUUUGCCCAAUAAUGCCAAGUGAACUGCCAUUAGCGGCGAAACACGGGAUAGAAACCCGUUCCAAGGGGCGGUGAGUCCUGCAGCGCCAAUCCCCACCACCAACACCACAAACGAUACCAUUGACCACACUGCCACCACGCGAGGUUCUCACCGAUGUCUGCCGCUCUCUGUAUCCCCGCGUGACCGCAGGCGGAAGAAUGCGAUGUGAAAGCCCCCUCCAGGUCGAAAAUGCCCUCCAACUCCUGGUCGAUGGCAGCGCCCUGAGAGGCAGGAGCCACGCGAAGGCCUGCGAGAGGACCUGCCAGACCAUCAACUUGCCCUGCCCGCCGUGCGAAUCGGACUGCCCAUGCGGGGAUGGACUCAUCCCAGACAACAACGGCAACUGUAUCCCGCCGGAGGAUUGCCCGUGCCGGCACCACGGCAUUGUCUAUGGCAAGGGGGGUACAAUCAAGGUGGACUGCAACGUGUGCACGUGCGGCAGCGGCGCGUGGAGCUGCAACUCGGCCGAGUGCCCUGGCACGUGCCGCAUGUACGGGGACGGCCACUACGUCACCUUCAACGGCAAGAGGUUCGUCUUCGACGGGAACUGCGACUCCAGCAUCGUGCAGGACUACUGCUCCACAGCUGAGGGCAACUUUCAAAUCAUCACCGGCAAGGACUGCAGCGCUGUGGACUCGAGCUGCUCCAAGGCGAUCCGCUUCUACAUCAAGGAUUACAACGUGGAGGUUCACAUGGUGGCCGGGGAGGUGAUAGUGGUGCCCGUGGCCGGAAAGAUCCCGGCGAUGGUGGAUGACCUGACCAUCCACUCGGUGGGGCUCUACCGCAUGGUGCAGACCGGCAUCGGCAUCAUGGUCAUGUGGGACCGGCGCACGAGCAUCUUCGUCAAGGUCGACUCCAAGUACAAGGGCACCCUGUGCGGCCUCUGCGGCAACUACAAUGGGCGCGACAGCGACGACUUGACAGCGGCCGACGGCUCCACGGCCGCGUCCGUGCUGGCGUUCGGCAACAGUUGGAGGAUAAAGGAGAGCUGCGCCACCAUGACAGAGGCGGCGGAGCCUUGCCAGCAGAAUCCGCACCCCCAAGCGUGGGCGCUGCGCCAGUGUCACGUGGACCACGCGCCAUUCCUGGAGGCGUGCAUUCGCGACUUGUGCGCAUGCGAUGGCGGCGACUGCGAGUGCUUCUGCACUGCGGUGGCUGCGUACGCCCAGGUCUGCAACAAGGCCGGCGUGUGCAUCAGGUGGAGGACUCCCGACCGCUGCCGCUGCUACCCGCACUGCCCGCCAGACGCGCAAUACUGCGUGCCAAAAACCAACUGCAGCUGCUUUGUUGAGGAUGACGUCAUCCUGGCCAGGCAGCAGAUCCACAUCGUCAAGACUUGCCAAAUCUGCACAUGCGACAAUGCUGAGCUGCUUUGCGAAAUACCAGAUGGAUGCUGUUACCACGAACAACUGUACGAGCUGGGCGCCUUCAUAUCAAGAGAAUUAGACCCCGAUCAGUACUGCGCGACCACCAAAACUUGCUUGCAACUCGGGGAGGUGGAAGACUCCGUGGAGUGCGGGAUAACUCCCAUCGACGUGAACAACGCCACCACCACCACCACCGCCGUACCGCCGCUCCCAACCGAGCCACCCAUCGUCGGCUCGAGCACAGCUGUGCCCGACGUGGCUCCGAUGCAACCGCCCAAGGGACGUUCGACCACGGUGGGCGCUCCGGUUGAAGGUGCCACCGUGCAGCAGCCAACAGCGACGACGAGCGUGAGUCAAGUGCCCUGCUCAGGAAGCUGGUCUGAGUGGUACAGCGAACAUUCUCCGGACGCCGACAACGAUGGCGACGAGGAGUCGUACCAGAAGGUCACAGCCUCGGGGAAAGUUGUCUGCGCACCGGGAUUCUUGGUGGAAAACAUCGACUGCCGUGCGGACAAAUACCCGAACACACCAUUGGGAGGAGUUGGGCCAGGCAAUCACUUGUAA